AUGCAAUCUGAAUUUUCACAAAAUUACCUCAAGAAUUCAUAUAGACAUUCUCUGACACGCUUGUCAUUGAAUGCUAAUAGCGUUGAAGACGACUCAAAAACUUCUACCGAGACUCGCACGAUUACAACACCAGACGGCAAGACUACUACUACCGUAACGACCACCAAAACUAUGGAAACUGGUAAACCUGUCACUUCCAAGGCUUUUACUGGAGAAGAUUCACAUCCUGUAAAGCAUACUGAAGAGACUAACAAGGCUAAAAUGGCACCUACAAAACAUACCGAAGAAGAAACUACUAAAACAAAGCCUCCUCCUGUUAAGUCUGAAGGAAAGUCAGAUGCCGGUGAAGAAGCCCAUAAUCAUCCUAGCAGGGCUGAUCCGGCAAGCAAAUGUUCGCCUAUUGUAAUGGGGGGGGGAGAGUUCAAAGAACAUCUUGACCUUAUCGGUCAUGACUUUUCGAAGGUGGACUCCUACGCACGUGCCACUCCCGCACACGAAACUCAUUCUAUAGCACAGUUGUCUAAGUAUCUUACUUCUCGUUGGAACAAUCCUUUAGAUAAAUUACGUUCAAUUUUUGUUUGGAUCGCUGAGAACAUUUCAUAUGAUACCGAUGCAUUCUUUUCAGGAAACCUCAAGCAUUGUAGUGCUGAGGAGACUUUGAAACUGCGUAAAGGCGUUUGUGAUGGAUUCGCAGAAGUAUUCACUGAAUUGGCUACUCAUGCUGGAUUGAAAGUUUGGAAGAUUAAGGGCAAAGCCAAAGGUGUCCACUAUAAACCUGGUGAUGAUAUUGAUAAGAGGGAAUAUGCUCACGCAUGGAAUGGUACUAUAUAUAAAGGAGAAUAUCUUCUUAUCGAUAGUACUUGGGGUGCUGGACAUUUAACUAGAAAUAAAUUUGAAAAACGUUUUGAACCAUUUUAUUUCCUUACACGUCCAACCUCAUUCAUAUUCACUCAUAUACCUGAUGAUCCAAGGGAACAAUACUUGUCUCCUCCACUUACUCGAGAAGAAUUCCUUAAUUUGAAUAAUGUUAAACCACCAUUCUUUGCUGCUGGCAUGGAAUUCCGUGAAUACCUUGGACAUUCUAUUACCACCAAUGAUGACUUGAUUGAGUUUGAAAUUGCAAGAUACCAUCCUGAUGAAGGUCAACCAUUGCAUGCCGUGCUUGAAUGGAAUGGUAAAGAGGUUGAAGUCUUGAUUCAAAGGGUAGUUGGAUAUGAUGCAAGUGCAGGAAAAGUUUAUAAGCUACAAACUGCGUGUCCAAGUCGUGGUGAAGGAAAACUUGAUAUAUAUGUGAUGUUUGAAGGUAACAAGGGUCCAUUAGCCGCAUGUUUCAAGGUCGUAAAUAAAGGAAGCGGAAAGAAUUAUAGUCCAUUUGUCAAGACCUUCAGAGUUCCAUUCACAUUUACCAUCCAAAAGCCAACUCAUUUAAACCUAAAAUUAAAUAAAGAAUAUAAAUUUGAAUUCGCAAUAUUUGAUCUAAAAGAUGAACAACAUCACGAAUUCUCUUUAUUUUCUCCGGAGAAAAAUAUCCGAAAACUUCAUAAAGUGUCGAGAUGUGAAGAUGGAAGUAUUACUUACGGACUUGAUACAAAGGUUGAUCAAAAGGGAAAUUGGAAAUUGGUAUUUUCUAAGGAUGGAAAGCAUUUUGAUUUUAUUGCAGAAUACCAUGUUGAUUAA